UACAUCUUCACAUUUGUUAUUGCUCUGCUAUACAUGUUUUUAUUGCCUAUGGCAUAUUUGGCUGUGCAGUGGUUAUUCCCCUGAAGCAUAUUAACAUGAAGGAAAUAUGUCACCAUUCAACUAAUGUGAGCAUUGUAAAACAAUGCUGAAACAAAGCAAUUUUAUAUUAUUCUGUCUCAGUCUGUCAGCAUAUGAACCGUGAACCUGUAUAUGUAAAAAAAAAAAAACACAUUACUAAAUAAGAAAUGGUAAGCUGUUAUUAUAAGACAAUUGGUCGAUGAACAGUUUCAGCUGCUGAUGGGUGUUUGUAGCACUUCAAUUUUGUCAUUCAGGAACAGAAAUAGACGGAAAUCCAAUUACACGACUAGAGCCUAAUGACCACUCAAGACGGUUGAGCCUACCACUCUGAAGUGGACAACAGCAAAGAUUAAACGAAACCUUCGCCAUAGAAAUGUCCUUAGGCAGUUGUUUUACUCUGUCUUCAUCAGGUUUUACUGCUUAUAUGCAUAGAAAUUACUUGUAUGAGUGUCUUAACUAAAUGAAUAUAGCAUGAUGCUUGGAAAAAUACCACUUUGAAGAAGACACCCUUCUUGGAGAGAAGGAAAACUCAUGGUAAAGGAUCUAAAACGGAUAUAGAAGAAACCGAUUUCAAAGUGGAUUUCUUCUGGAUGCUAUGUUGUUCAGGUCCACAAGAUUAGUAGGGCCAGCAUUUCCAGAACCAGGAGACUUGAUAGAGAUCUUCCGCGGAACAUAUCAACACUGGGUCCUUUACUUAGGAGAGGGUGACAUAGUCCAUCUAGCUCCUCCUUCUGAAAUUACAGGGGCCGGUUUAAACAGAUUCAUGUCUGUGAUGUAUGAUAAAGCUACUGUGCUGAAAGAUGAGCUGACAGGGGUGGCAGGAAAGGACAGAUUCCAUGUAAACAAUCUGCUGGACAAGAAACAUGAGCCGCGUCACGUGUGUGCCAUAUUGAGGGAUGCCCACAGUCUUCUGGGCCUGGAGUUGCCCUACUGUCUGCUACGGGGCAACUGUGAACACUUUGUUACCGAGCUCCGAUAUGGCAGGGCAGAGUCUCAACAGAUUCAUUACGCUGUGAAAGUAGGUGUCAGGGCUCUUGCAGCUAGUAUGAAGAUUCUGACGGAGGCUUCCAAACGUCGAGGGAAAAAAGAAAAGAAAAGACAUCACUAACAUCACUAACAUCUUAGAAACCAAAGUGUAUAUGGUGUGCCUUGUGUCCAUUUAUUUAUGCGUAAAUGUCACAAAAUAUUUUAUAUGUGUUAAUGUAAACAUUAACACCAAUUAAUUUACCUCUGUAUUUUUGUAUUGCCCAUGCUGAUUAAUAUUUGUGUUUCAGAAUUUGAAACAUUACCCUGUGACUGAAUGAAUGUCAUGACUAUUCUGAAUUACAUUAGAGGGAUUACUUGUACUCACACAUUUACAGCAAUACUCUGUUAUUCCAUUUGGCUGGGGUUUACUUAAAAAUGAGAAAGGCCAAAUGCUAUGUGAGUAGCUGAAUAAAUAAAUAACGGUGGAAAAGUAUCCCCAGAGACAUUUCUGAUUAUAUAGGGCAAGAGUUAAAUAAUGGUGAAAUAAUGUAUGUUAUAAUAUGACAGUAUUCAUAUUAUUUAAAUAAUCAUUUGUUAUCAGAAUUCAUGUUUUUUAUUUAUUCGUCUGCUGUUUUUUUUCACUAUGAUGCCAUGAAGCCUAUGUAUUUACAAGCAAUGUGUUUUGCACUUCUUAAAUAAAUGAAUAUCCAUCA